AUGGCCGACCUCGCCCGCGAAGAAGCUGACCGAUAUUUCUCUCACCGUAACCAUCCUAUCUCUCAUCCUGAAGACCGAGACGACUCCUCGCAGCAGUCGUCUGAUAACCAACGCGAACCAGACUUUGGUGCCUACCACUCUGAUCAAGGCACAGACGACGACACUAUCGACAAUAUGGCAACCGUGACCACCAUCAAAACCACUUAUCACCUUCCCACACAAACGCACUUCGCCAACACGGGACCCAAGGGUGUUAUUGCAGACGCACAAUCAUUCGCCCGAGCGAAACAGUCGACUUUUCGUCAACGACUGGCGAGCUUUGCCAGCAAUUUGACUCCCAACAAGGCCGGUCCCAUUAUCUCGGAACAGGCUGAGAAAAGGAGAACAAUUUCGGGGUCUCCCAAAUCAACAUCCUCGGACUCGGAAAGCUUCGCCUUAUCGGACGAUGAAGCAGACUCGGAAUUUAUGAAAACGUGGCGAGCCAACCGUCUACAAGAGUUGACUUCCCAAUCACAAGCCACCCAAAAUCCCCAGAGGAAACAAUUUCCCAGCCAGCGAACAUGGGGUACCUUCCUGGAAGUAGAUGCCAACGGCUACCUCGACGCCAUUGAAAAAGUGUCUGAUGACACCGUGGUCGUGGUGAUGAUCCAUGACCCAUCGUCAUCGGCCAGUGCCGAGGUUGAAGACGAACUUGGCAUGCUAGCGUACAAGCACAACAGAACCCGCUUCGUGAGGCUACAUUAUGAGAUUGCGGAGAUGGAGUCUAUUCAGAUACCUGCUGUGUUAGCGUAUAAGGCUGGAGAUGUUUUUGCCACAAUAUCAGGUGCAAAGGCCGAGGGUCUUGAGGGUAUUCUCUUACAAAAUCGUGUUCUUCAAUGA